AUGAGUGGCUCAGGAUUAAAUCGGGAAGCUUCUUCCUCAUCAUCAAACGUGUUCAUGAAUAACAAUAAUACAACAGUAACACCAUCCACUGUUAUUCAAUCAAGACGGCGGAUUAUUCGAAACUAUUCACUUCUCUGGUUAGAUGAGUGUGUGGAUCAAACAAACAAAGAUUAUGAAAAUACGUUGAAACAAAUCCAAACUAUUGCUCACAAUAUUAAUGUCUUUGAAGAACGAGAUGCAUGCAUCGACUUUCUUACAGAUUCCGAAGAAGACAUCAAGCUUUUUCUCGUUAUCAAGGAUACUAUAUCUCAACAAAUAAUGCCCUUCAUUAAUGAUAUUCCUCAACUGCAUGGUGUUUAUAUCUUGAGUAAUGUUGAAAUCCUAGAUGAAGAAUGGACGAAAAAAUGGCAAAAAAUCAAGAGUGUUCAUACAAGCAUCGGUGAUCUAUGUCAAAGAUUAGAAUUGAGUAUCAAACAGUUAAAUCAAGACUCAAUUUCUAUGAGUUUUAUCACACUAAAUGAAAUGACUUCAACUGAUAAAUUAAAUCAGUUGGAGCCAACAUUUAUGUACACUCAGAUAUUCAAGGAUAUUCUUCUUGAUAUGGAACAUGAUACACAGGCCAUCAAACAAUUUACUGCUUAUUGUCGACAUCAUGGCUACGGAUCGACAAAGAGUAUUGAUACAUUUGAAAAAAAAUACGAUGCUGAGACAGCUAUCUGGUGGUAUACUUGCCCAUCAUUUAUCUAUUCUAUGUUGAAUUAUGCUCUUCGCUCUAUGGAAGACGAAACCAUUAUUAAUAUGGGUUUUUUCAUUCGUGAUCUUCAUCAACAACUUCAAAAGCUACAGCAAGAGCAAAUUCAUGUUUUUCACGACAAACCAUUCAUAGUCUACCGGGGACAAGGUCUAUCCAAAACAGAUUUUGAGAAACUUCAAAAGACACAAGGUGGUUUAAUAUCUUUCAAUAACUUCUUAUCCACUAGUACGGAACAAUAUAUACCUCUCGGACUUGCUUCAAGUGCGUCAGAAACUGCAGACAUGGUCGGCAUUCUUUUUAAGAUGUUGAUUGAUCCUCGUGUGGAAUCAGUGCCGUUUGCUUCCAUCAAGGCAAUUAGCUGUUUUCCAGGAGAAGAUGAAAUUCUCUUCUCAAUGCACACCAUUUUUCGAGUGGGUGUAAUUAAACAAAUCGAGAAUAAUAAUCAACUUUAUCAAAUUGAGCUUCAAUUAACUUUGGAUGAUGACCGGCAACUACGACUACUUACUGAUCGCAUACGAGAAGAUGUUGUCGGUGAUAAUGGAUGGGAAAGAUUGGGUGAUUUAUUGCUUAAAAUUGGCCAAUUUAACAAGGCUGAAGAACUUUAUAACGUGUUACUUGAGCAGACACCUGACGAGCGUGAAAAAGCAAUUUAUUACAAUCAGCUGGGGCAUGUCGAAGACGGUCAUGGUGAUUAUAAAAAAGCUAUUUGCUGUUACCAAGAAGGACUUGAAAUUCAACAAAAAGUUCUUCCUUCAAAUCAUCCUGAUUUCGCGCAAUCAUACCACAACAUCGGUUCGGGAUAUGACAAUAUGGGGGAAUACUUGAAAGCAAUUUCAUUUUACGAAAAAGCACUUGAAAUUCGACAAAAAACUCUUCCUUCAAAGCAUCCUGAUUUGGCUACUUCAUACAACAAGAUUGGUAAUGUGUAUAACAAGUUGAGAGAGCACUCGAAAGCAUUUUCAUAUUACGAAAAAGCACUUGAAAUUCGACAAAAAACUCUUUCUUCAAAUCAUCCUGAUUUAGCUGCUUCCUACAAUAACAUCGGUUUGGUGUAUUACAGCAUGGGACAGGACUCGAAAGCACGUUCAUCUUGUCAACAAGCGCUUGACAUCUGUCAAAAACCUCUUUCUUCGAAUCAUCCUGAUUUAGCUGCUUCAUACAACAAGAUUGAUAGUGUGUAUGAAAACAUAGAGGAAUAUUUGAAAGCACUUUCAUACUAUGAAAAAGCAUUUGAAAUCUUUCAACAAAGUCUUCCUUUCAAUCAUCCUGAUUUGGCUGUUCCCUACACCAACAUCGGUUUGGUGUAUAUCAACAUAGGAGAAUACUCGAAAGCACUUUCAUUUUGCGAACAAGCGCUUGAUAUCUGUCAAAAAACUCUUUCUUCGAAUCAUCCUGACUUAGCUGCUUCAUACCACAACAUCAGCAGUGUGUUUUUCGAGAUGGGAGAUUACCCGAAAGCACUUUCAUAUUAUGAAAAAGCACUUGAAAUCUUUCAGAAAUCUCUUCCUUCGAAUCAUCCUUCAUUAGCUGUUUCCUACAACACCAUCGGUUUCGUGUAUUACAAGAUGGGAGAAUACUCGAUAGCGCUUUCAUUUUACGAACAAGCACUUGAAAUUUAUCAAAAAACUCUGCCUUCGAACCAUCCUGAUUUGGCUGGUUCAUACAACAACAUCGGUUUGGUGUAUUACAGCAUGGAAGAGUACUCGAAAGCACUUUCAUAUUAUGGAAAAGCGCUUGAAAUACAGCAAAAAACUCUUCCUUCAAAGCAUCCUGAUUUGGCUACUUCAUACAGCAGCAUUGGUAAUGUGUAUAAAAACAUGGGAGAAUAUGUGAAAGCACUUUCAUAUUAUAACCGUGCGCUGGACAUAUUCCAAUAUGCAUUACCUCCGACCCAUCUUCAUAUAAAAAAUGUUAAAGAGAGUAUUAAUAUUGUAAAAAUGAAAUUAUAA